GUGAGAAGUUCAUAGAUCAGUAGGCAGAUGUGUAUCUUUUCCGUUAUUUGUUCUUCGUAGGCCUAACCUACCCACUAAACGAAAUGUUUGGCUGAAUUGAUAUACCAAAUACGUUCUAGGAAAUUAUUAUGGCAAACUUUAUUUCCCGUAGCUGUUUAAAAGUCCUCUUAUGAGCGCUGGCUUGUAUUCAACAUGGAGAAGGGCUUAGCUCAAAGUCGGGCAGGAUACCUUGCGGGGCGUCGAACAAUACUAAUUGUUUUAAUGCUGUACUCGUUAAUUCUUGGAAUUGUAAGUGUAAACUAUUUAUACGUCCAGAACUUACGACGAGUGACACCACAAAAUGCGUCGGCGACGCAAGCUCCUAUGCACGUGCAAAACAUACGCGACAUUGUGCAGAACUUACAAGCAGAAAAAUCUGAAUUUAUUUUCAAGGGAGGAAUGCAAACGCAAGACAAUUAUCUGAACAGUAAUAUAAAUAAUAGCACCUUGUCAAAAAAAAUUUCUUCAUUGCCCAGUUCCAUAUCACAUUCAACAACUCAUAAGGUGUUAUCAAUACAAAAUAGAACUAUUGUUAAUGCACAUACUAAUAGUACUUUUUCAAACGUUCAGAAGCAACCAAUAGAGACGCCAGUCGUCAAUACGGCAAUUGUCAAUGAGGCGGUCGUCAAUAAGAUGAUCGUCAAUACGGCAGUUGUCAAUGAGGCGGUCGCCAAACAGGCAGUCAUCAACGAGGCAGUCGUCAAUACGGCAGUUGUCAAUGAGGCGGUCGUCAAUACUGCAGUUGUCAAUAACACGGUUGUCAAUAUAGCGAUUCUCAAUAAUAAGAGCCUGUUGCCACCUGUUCAGAAAGAGUUCCCCCGGCCGUCUGUUUUAUUCCGUUACAAAUCUAUGAGGACAAGUAAGCCUUUUGAAAACCACUGUAAAAAAUGUGCAAUAGUUUCAAGCUCUGGUCAGUUACUCGGCAAUGGACUGGGCCCAGAAAUCGACAGUUAUCCCUGUGUCAUUCGUAUGAACACUGCCCCCGUACGUGGCUUUGAGAAAGACGUUGGCCGCAAGACUACCAUUCGUGUUUCAUGUUUCAUAUCCACAAAGGGCCUUAUGUCCACCCCCUCACUGUUCACUGGGGAAGGGAAACCAGAGAAAGUUCUGAUGUGGGGACUGCAUCACCAGAAGAACUCAUGGGCUUUGAGAAAUGCGAAAUCUUUGAACGCCAAAUAUCGAGAUGUGGAGUUUUUCGCACAGGAACAAGCGGGUGAGGUAUUUGCCGGAGAAAUCUUCAAAGAGGAAACUGGCCAAGAUAGGGCUAAGACAAACACAUGGUUGUCAACAGGUUGGUUCACAAUGAUGGUAGCACUGGAUAUGUGCGAUGAAAUACAUAUCUAUGGGAUGAUCCCUGAGGACUUCUGCCUGAAGAAUCCAAAUUCCAAAGUGAAAUACCACUAUUACCAAGUAUCACCAAAUCCAGCUGAAUGUAGCUAUUACAAGUCACAAGAGGGCAGCUCAAGAGGUGGCCACAGGUUUAUGACGGAGAAAGCUAUCUUUGAACGUUGGGGGAGACGUUACAACAUGACAUUCCACAACCCAGUCUGGGAUCUAAGCCCACGGGAAACUGAACGGAAAAUCGAAACUCCCUUUAUGCAAAAAUAUGCUAAAAAGGGAAGGUAACAUUGGGGACAUGAAGCGAAUAUCAUGAAAACUAUAUUAAAUCUUAAUAAUAAUAAUAUAAAUAUAAAUUAUAAAUAAUAUCGAGUACAUGCCUCUAUUGGAUCUACUCCUGACUCUAGUCUGUUAAUUGUGCUUGUGGCGCGCACAUUAACAUUUCCAUUAAUGGUAACGUUACAUGGCAACUAGGUGUAGACAAUCUACAGUCAGAAUUUAUGCACUUCAGGCAGCUAGGUCUACCAAGCUGACUUGUAGUUGCGCAAUCACUUUGUGAAAGUCGACACGAGCGUUACUAUUGGGGUUGAGUCAAGUUACAAUUGCAACAUAAGGGGCGGAUUGCUAUAAGCGGUCCGGCUUUAAUCGUGAUGUCUCUACUGGUCUAUGAUUUUAGACCAUUGCUAUACCGCGGUCUAACCAGUUAGCCGUCUUAAAUUUUAAAGCCUACUUGUAGGAGGCUUAAAAAAGGUCUUAAAUCAUUUUCAUCACGGCGUUAUAGAUACUAGACCUAUGUCUAGAUCGUCAAAGACUAAGAAUCGAACAACGAAUAUUCCGCAAGCUUCUUAGUGUCUGUAAAAACUAGUCUACGUUUAUUUAUGUUCAUUUUGAUUAAUAUGCAUGUUUUGAGCCAGCGCAACAGCACCCUCAAUUUUAAUUUACCAAGGAACGCGUGUUUGCAUUUCAAUACUCAAAGUGGUCUAAGAGAAGAACGUUUUAUAACAAUGGUCUUAGUAGAGUGACUUUAAUAAGACCGUCUAAGUGAUAAAGCCGACUUUUAAGCCGACGAGUUAAGACUAUCGGUUAAGACCGUUUUAUAGCAAUCCGCCCAAGCUUGGCUUAAAACUUGCAUUCACGUCCAUGACAGUAGUGGAUACCGCAGCUACAGAAAAGCAUAAUAACACAAAUGCUUAAAACGUUUCUAAUAAAGUUUGCUGAUUAAUUAUGUCCAUAACAAUUUUUUUUCUAAACUAAAGUUGGAAAAUAUUUUCUGUGAUUUUAAAAGGUUAUAUUAGCAUACAUAUUUCUAUUAAUGUAAUGUCCAAGUAUUUUUGUACCGCGCUUUUCCAGUGGAUACAAAACACUAAUCCCGAAAAUUUAAGUUCACAAUAUUGAGUGGUAUCUAUGUGUAUUCAUGUAGGCAAAUUUUAAAGAUUAAAUGUAAAUAAAAUUUUUUUAAUACAAUUCAAAACUUCAAAGUAUAUUGCAAAAAAUAAUUGCACCAAUUAAGAAAAUAUGGUGAAAAGUAACUGUUUACAAUGCAGUAAAGGCUGCGAAGAUCGCAGCAAAUAGACUUAUUAAUUAUCUUUUUAAUUUUUUUUUUUUCUUUUUCUUUUCUAAAAUUAAAGUUACAUUUUGCUAUGGAAACUACAGUAUAUCAUUGAAGAUAUAGCAUUUUUUAUAAAAAAAAAUUUUUUUAACUGAAUUUUUCAUUUAAAGGACCAAAUAAGUUAUGAAAUUACAAAGACAAUUUAGUUUUUGCUAAAAGGUUAAGAGUUAUUGUAAAGGAAUAUAUAAAUGGUGAUGGUAUUGAUGCAUCUUUUAUUUGGAAAGCAAAAUAUUUUCUUUUUAAAUUUUUUAAUAGGAAGCUAUUAAACUCUGUUCACUAUAAAAAAAAAUGGUUGUAUUCAUGAAUAUUUAUGAUAUGCCUAUAUAUGGUCAUGUAUUCAUGUAUAUUUAUGAUAUGCCUAUGUAUGGUCAUGUAUUCAUGUAUAUUUAUGAUAUGCCUAUGUAUGGUCAUGAUGUGUUGUCAUGACCAUAUUUAGGCAUGUCACAUGGUGUGGACAAGGUCUUUAAUAUACAAAGUAUAAGUAAUUGAAAUAUUUUAAAUCUUUAGCUCAGUAUUAGAUUCUGGAAGGCUUUGCAAAAUGGCUAGAUUUUUCCAGAUGACAAAAAAAUUUGAUAUAUAAAAGGUGAUGGUAUUGAUGCAUCUUUUAUGUGGAAAGCAAAAUAUUUUCUUUUUCAAAUUUUUAAUACGAAGCUAUUAAACUCUGUUCACUA